CAUUUUAGCUUACUUUCUUUCUUGCUUCUUACCGACACUUUAGUGUACGUCCAUUGAACUGAUCACAUCGAAAGUGCAUCUUGUUUAAAAAUCAAGCUUGCAUUAGCUCUACAUCCUUGCUUCCUUCUUAGCAAUAUCUAAGGCUGUUUAGUUUAGCGUACUUUAGCUUAGCAUGCUAAACGAGACUUUAGGCUAAGUUAUCUAGCCUCAACGUAAUAACGUUAGCUAAAACGUAACGCAGGUAUCCAUAGCUUCAAAUACAGCGACAUAAAAGAACGAACAGUCCGUCGAAUGUAUUUAUCGCGGUUUCAGUAAGGUUAGCUAGCAUUUUUGCUAGGUAACCGGUUACAUUAGCUUACUUGUAGGCUGUGUCCUAUAAUAGCGCCCUAGUAGUCAUAUAAUGGGCUACGUAGGGUGCAGAACGCCGUUGUUUCAUAUCCUACAUAGUGCACGUGCAUAGAGACUAGAGAGCUGUUUGGAAUUCGGCCCCACUGUCAUUCCCUACUCGGCUAAGCUUGUUUAUUUCUUUCUAAGAGUUUAAAGGCUUUGGGAAAACCAAACCUUGACAAUUAGCUCUGCGAGUUUUGGUUAGUAUUUUAUCCGCAGUUUGGCUGUACAUUAAAACAAGAUUAUACUUUAGCCAGUUUGUUUAUAGCUGUUCUUAUCGGUGUUUCCUACAAAAACACUGUUCAUUUGCUCACAUUUCAUGAUAAUAAUAAUAAUAAAAAAUCUUUGAUAAGUAACUUUAAAUCUUUGCAAAUGCUAAGUGUUGAUAAUUGGAUAGUUGUAGGUUCGUUAAAUAUUUAUUUAGGAGGGCAUUAAAACAGAAACAUAGGUAGGCAGUAAGGGAAUGAUUAACAGUAUUGGGUUCAGUGUUGCCAGUCUUUUCAGUAAGUAUGCGUCGCUGCAGGUCGGAGUAAUGGGCGUGUCUAAACGUCUUUUCAAUUGGUCGCGAAAGCUGUCUGUUCCACUGAAAGGCGGGCCGUAAGCUUAAACGCUAUUGGCCAACAUGUUUAUUAACAGGAAGUGGCAAGCCGACGAAGACAACGGAUGUGUACCUUGUCACUAUCCUUAAGCUUAUUUCCCUUCUUUGGCUAAAAGGCUUCAGAAAGAGCUGUUGGCUUUGCAGAAUGAUCCUCCUCCUGGAAUGACUCUGAAUGAGAAAAGUGUAGAGAAUACUAUAACACAGUGGGUUAUUGAUAUGGAAGGAGCCUCUGGCACUCUGUAUGAAGGAGAAAAAUUCCAGCUGCUUUUCAAAUUCAGUAGUCGAUAUCCGUUUGACUCGCCUCAGGUAAUGUUUACAGGAGAGAACAUUCCUGUCCAUCCUCAUAUUUAUAGCAACGGCCAUAUCUGCCUGUCCAUUCUAACAGAGGACUGGUCACCAGCACUGUCUGUCCAGUCAGUGUGUCUCAGCAUCAUCAGCAUGCUGUCCAGCUGCAAGGAGAAGAGACGGCCUCCAGAUAACUCUUUUUAUGUAAGGACGUGCAACAAAAACCCAAAGAAGACUAAAUGGUGGUAUCAUGAUGAUACGUGUUGAUGCUCGACCACACGUUUAGAAAGAAGUUCCUGCUGACCUACAUUAGCACUUUUUAAACUCUGAACUUUAGCCUCGGACUGAAAACGGAGGACGUGAACUUUUACUCAAGGACCAGCAUUACGAUAACAACAAGAUGGUUUCGGUCAAAACAAAGACAUCAAGAAUUAACGGCGGAAAUUCCCAAUCAGGAUUGACUCCAGAAGGAUGCCGGAUUAAGCAACAAGUCUUGAUUCCAAUUUUUUUUUUAUUUUUUUGGUUUCUUAGCUUUGUCUCAAAUUGCCUGCUUGUGCACACCAACCCCUUUAUAAUGUGAGCAUUGUGUAUAAAAGGGCCUUCGAUGACCGUGUUCAGGUUGUGAGUCUGAUGAGAUCUAGGUUAUGUUUAGUCAGAUGCAGAUUUGUCAGAUGUUUUGCUAGUCAGAUUAUCAGUUCAUCAGAAUCAAGGACUUUUUUUUUUUUUUUUUUUUUUUUGCUAGUUUCAAGCUUUAGAAAAUGCUUUGAAAAACAACGAGGGUCUGGUCUUCGAAUUGAGAGGUUAGUACAUCCAGUUAAUACUAAAGUAUGCAAUUUGAGACAAAGCCCUCGACUUUUUCUACUUUAUUUAAUAUAUGACGAAAUUGAACGUUCUUUUCUUUUCUUUUCUUUUUCUUUUUUUUGUGCAAUAAUGAACCUAAAUCGUUUGUUUCAUCAGGACACGACUUACCUAGCAUUAAGUGCUUUUUUGCGUUUGUGCACCUGGUUUUGUUGAUGUUUUAUAUGCACUGUGAAAUCCUCUACGAAGGCACAGAACAGUUUCGAUCGAAACGUCACUCACUAAUUUAUUUCUAUUUAAUCAACUAGGCAUGUGCCGAUAAUCGUCUAUAUUACAUGCGGCGAUGUUUAAAAUGCAUGAUCGUUUUAUUGUGAAUACUUCAAUACGUCGUCAGUAUCGACGAUGCACUUUAUAUUUAUUAUAUAAGACGUAAUUAUUUAAUUAUACUAUUAUUUUUUUUAAAUUUGUGUUCGUUUUCUUCAAUUUUCCCAUUUAUUUAAGCUUGGUUUGUGCUUUUUUUUUCCCCCCCCACCCCUUUAAAAAAAAAAAAAAAAAAAAAACCUUCACUGACCUCUUCAUUAGGAACACUUGUGCAUGUGCUCUUCCACACAGUUAUGUAGUCAGCCAAUCAUGUUGCAGCAGCGCGACGUAUAAAAUCAUGUACAUACAGGCCAAGAGCUUCUUGUUCACAUCACACAUCAAAUUGAAGAAAAACGUAUUGCAGUGAAUGUUCCAAUCUUCAACUGUCCGGUUGUGGUGAGCCCGUGCCCACCUUAGCCUCAGAUUCCUUUUCUUGGCUGACGGAAGCAGACUCUGAUGUAGUCUUCUGCUUUUGCAGCUCAUCCACCUUAAGGUUAUGCUUUUCUGCUCACCAUCGUUGUAAAAAGUGGUUAAUUUGAGUUACUGUAGCCUUCCUGCCAGCUUGAACCAGUCCAGCACAUCCCACAGAUGCUCGACUGGAUUGAGAUCUGGGGAAUUCGGAGGCUAAUCCAACACCUUGAACUCUUCAGGUUCAGCUUGAACCAGUCCGGCCGUUCUCCUCCGACCCCUCCCAUCAAGAAAGUAUUUCUGCCACUCACUGGAUGUUUUUUUGUUUGUUCUACCACUGGUAAAACUCCAGAGACUGUUAUGUGUGAAAUUCCCAUAAAUCAGCAGUUUCUGAAAUACUCAAACCAACCUAUCUAACACCGACAAGCAUGCCUUCGUUCAUGGUCCCAUUUUCCCCCCAUUCUGAUGUUUGAUGUGAACAUUUUACUGUAAACCUGCAGCUGCAUAAUUUUAUGCACUGUGCUACUGUCACUUUAUUGGCCGAUUUGGAUAAUUGCAUGAAUGGCCAGGUGUUCCUAAUCUAGUGGUUGGUCACAAAUGUACGUAUCUAGAAUCUAAAAGUUAUUCAGAACAAUAACACCGACACCAGUACAGUGUUGUAGGGAUAUCGGGAAGCCGUGAUUAAAAGCAUGAGCAGGUAUUGUGAUUUGGAAAGUUAAUAUCGAAACAUGCCUGUAUGCUACUGUAUUUAUGAUUUUCCUCAUUAGUCAUACAGAAAGUAAUGCAGGUAAAUGUUUAGCAAGGUUCCUUGUGUCUAUGGUUAUUCUGGAGACUGAGGCUGUAAUGAAUGUUAGAAAGGCCUUUGUAGUGUAUUUAUUUAUUUCUAUAUAUGAAAUUUUGAGCGAUUUUAAAAGGGCUGUAAGUUAGGCGGCGUAAAGUUUACUUUAGUUUACAUGGCUGUUUGUGAAUAGCCGUGUGUCGAUACGACUUUUACUAUUGUCAUAUCAUGAUUGUCUAAUAUUUUAUCCAAGCCUACAAUGUGAUCACAAUAUUAUUAUAUGUUUAACUUGACCUGUUGUUAUUGGACAGAACUAGCUAGCUAACUAACAAAUACGUUUAGCUAGCUAAAUGUCCAUACAGGAGUUUUUUUUUUGUGAUUGUUGGGGCAAAGAACGCUUGAUUUUGCUGCUGAGUUUUCCCCCCCAAAACCUCCCCGAGAUUUUUGUGCAUUUUUUAUUUUUUUUUCCGGAAAACUUAUUUGAAUUGGCAGUCGCACGAAAUAGUCUUGCACGGUCUUUCACAGUGACGUUUGUUGGUAAAUGAGACCUUUUUGGUGUACUCAUGUUCGACGCACGUGAAUCGAAGCAGGCUUUGGCUGAACGCGCGUUGUGAUGACAUCACAUGACGUGUAUCGGCCAAACUGACGUAAAAUCUACGUUAGUAUGCUAAAUGUGAAAAAUUGCAAGCUCCUCCGAACAUUGUGGAGUUUGUUUUGAUUUUGCAUUCGUUUCUGCGAUCCUGGAGGGACUGGGUAACUACAGGAAUGACAACAGUAAAGACAUUAGCGUAGGCAAGCUUUGUAAGUGCGUUUCGCAAAAUUAUAUAUUGUUGUUAGAUUAGUUCUGAUUUGAAAGGAAAAUGUCGUCUUAGAUGCAAACUGCUUUAAAAAAAACAAAAAAAAAAACAAGGUUAGCUCUCAUAGGCAUGACCAUAGCUAACAAACACAUGCCACUAGCUAAACCUAAAUACUUAAGACUAAAGUACGAAUUCUGUAAACAUUUUGAAGUGUUCACGAUAACAGUAGUGCGGAUGUGGAAUUAUCGGCACAUGUCUAAAUGUGAAGAAUUGUUUUAGUCCUGAUCAUCUUAUGUGUGUUUGUUCUCCUGGUCACACUUUUCAGACUCAGGUACUUUUUCCCCUCAAGAAGAAAUCAGCUUUCCUACAGUUCUUUUGUGUUUUAUCGUGUAUGUUUCGUUUUUUUUUUUCUUUCUUUCUUUCUUUCUUUCCCCUGAAGGAAAUAUUUUACAAAAAAAAAAAUCAAUAUGUAUAUUUAAA